AUGUUCAUUAGGGCGACACUGGGUUUUGAGCAAGAUGUUAUGCGCCAAGCGGCGGAUCGACUCAACGAAGCCGAAAACAAAGCAUACCAGGACCAACAGCGCACCAAGAACCAUGCGCAGGCACCAGGAAUUUAUCACUCAGAGAUCUAUGCACCUGGUACCGAGUUCGUUCUCAUCCAGGCAAUGGCGCAGCUCAUGGGUGCUGUUGUCUGCGUACUGAACGAGAGUCUUACAGAAAGCAUAAAGGGGUUCUACAAGCUAAGAAAAGCUUACUUUGCGCUGGACGCAAUUUUGAAGAUGGAAGAGAAGUUCGUGCAAUCCAAACAGCUUGGAACUGCAAACACUCCCUCUCCGACCCCUUCAUUGAAAGGGGCAGACUCUUCUGUCAAAUCCUUGAAUCUCACCAAGGGUUUAUCUGAUCUGAACGUAAACGAUGUUGGCAGUAGCCCGGUAUCGAGCAGUACGAACACAUCAGAGGUAAUCAACCACGAUCCAGACUCCGACAUAUUCAAAAACCAGAUAGAUGUUUUUGUGCACUCCGGAGCCAACUUUUGCUACGGCGUUCUCCUCUUGCUCAUCUCCAUGAUUCCACCAGCAUUCAGCAGACUUCUCAGUAUUGUUGGCUUUCACGGUGACAAGGAACGUGCCCUAAGGCUGCUCUGGCAGGCUAGCAAAUUCCACAAUCUGCCAGGUGCAAUCGCGGCGCUAACGCUUCUGGGGUAUUACAAUGCAUUUGUCCGCUACUGCGAUAUUAUGCCUGAUGCCGUGUCCGGAAGCGAUGGAGACACUCAGGGCUACCCUCAAGAGAGACUCGAGGCCCUUCUGGCACGAAUGAGGGAACGUUUUCCUAAGAGCCAACUUUGGCUUCUUGAGGAAUCCCGUAUGAACGGCGCCAACCGCAGGCUUGACGUGGCCCUUGAGCUUUUGUGCACCGAGGUGCACAGCCCUCUGAAACAGGUUGAGGCACUAAAAAUUUUCGAGAAGAGUCUGAACGCAUUGUAUAUCCACAAAUACGAACUGUGCUCUGAGGCUUUCAUUGAGUGUGCUGAAAUCAACUCAUGGUCCCGCGCGUUAUAUUACUACAUUGCAGGAACAUGCCAUAUCAGUUUGUACAGAGAGCUUGCCACUACCGACCCGAAGAAAGCGAAAGAACAUGCAGAGACUGCCGUCAAACUCUUGCACAAAGCUCCUCAAUAUGCAGGGUCCAAAAAAUUCAUGGCGCGACAGUUGCCGUUCGAUAUAUUCGUCGUCCGCAAGAUCGCCAAAUGGGAAGCUCGAGCCAAAGAGUGGAACGUGCCGUUGAUAGACGCCGUGGGAGUUGAUCCUGUGGAGGAGAUGAUUUUCCUAUGGAACGGACAUAGCCGGAUGACACAGGCGCAGCUUGAAGAGUCCUUAAAAAGACUAUCAUGGUCCGAGAGCGAUGCGAACAAAACAUGGUCUCGUGAGGGGCCAGAAGAGAAGGGUAUUUACCAGCUCCUUCGUGCAGCAGUGCUGCGCUCGAUGCGGCGACACGACGAAGCAAAGGAUAUUCUCCAGGACUCGAUCUUCACCUUAGAUCGCUCGGUAUUCAAAGGCCGCCACAAGGACGACUGGGUGCAUCCAGUCGCACAUUUUGAGAUGGCGGCAAAUCUCUGGAUGGAGCGUCCAACAUAUAUUGCACAGCAUGGUGGACCAACGCCGAGGGAUUCCGAAGAGAAUCCAGAGCAGUUUGAGAGGGACCGAGUGCGGGAAUGCAAGGACAAUCUGCAGAAGGCCGCUCGUUGGGAGAGCUACGAGCAGGAGGCUCGCUUUGGGUUGAAGGUGACGGCCGCGCUGGAGGCUGUUGCCAAGUGGGAAAGCCAGCACUCAACCAAGCUGGAGUGAGAGUUGUAUAUAUAGAAGCUUGCGCGGUACAUUUGUUCAAUAGCAAUGAUAGACGAACCUCAGGAGCAGAC